CCCGAUUCGCAUCAAAUAGUUACCAAGUUACUUCAUAUUUUCGGUCAGAAAAUUUGCACAAGUAGUAUCUGUGAUAAUCAUGGCGGUCUUCCCGGAUCCCGAAAGUGCUGUAUAUGUGACAGUUUCGGCUCUGGACGCUGGGCAUAUAACCCUCCCGGACUACCUCUUCGUCACAGGGGCCGAUCCAACCGUGCGCACCACGGUCCCGUCGCUAUCGUUUCUCAUCCAGCACCCAGAGUCAAGCAGUGGAAACGCGACGAAUCUCGUCUUUGACUUAGGAGUCAAGCGCAAUCUUUCGGGCUACGCUGUCGCACAACAGCCGCAUAUAACUCAGCGACAACCCAUCAUCACCAGUCCGGAUUGCGCCGAAAGUCUUCGGAAGGGCGCGAUCAAUGGAGAUGAAGGACGUGAUCUCCUUAAUACCGAUAAAGACGUAGACUUCGUUAUCUUAAGCCAUGUGCAUUGGGAUCACAUCGGUACGCCAUCGGAUUUUCCGGGCGCCACAUUCGUCGUAGGAUCAGGCACCCUGGACCUCCUGAAGCACGGCGCGGGACCAAACUAUCCAGCAGAGUUAUUCAACGACGAUGAGCUCCCCGCGUCCCGUACAGUCGAGCUACCACCAACACCCAACCAGAACGGCCAGUUUGAAGACUACUAUGCUAGACCGAUUGCCCCAGUACACACACCUACUCCUCCUGACACGCAAGCCAGACUACCUUCCUCGGCAGAUACAUGGUCGUGGCAGCCCUUUUCUGGGUUUCCCCGCACCAUCGACUUCUUCGGGGAUCAAAGCGUCUACGUCAUCGACAGUCCCGGACACAUACACGGGCACGUCAACCUGCUCGUGCGUAUCAGCGAGAAGAAGUACGUUUAUCUUGGCGGCGACUGCUGUCACGACACCAGGAUCUUAAGCGGGGAAAAAGAAAUUGCCGAGUACGACGACGGUCGGGGAGGGGUGAGGAGCGUGCACGUACAUACGCCUUUGGCGAAAGAGACGUUGGCGGCGAUCAAUGGGGGAGUGAAUCAGCUGAGAGAGACGGCGGAUGUUGAGGUUGUGCUCGCGCAUGACAAGGGUUGGAGGGAGCACAACAGGCAUCGGUUCUGGCCGGAUAAGCUGUAGUCGGGGCCUUGUUGCUGAAGGUGAGGAGAAGUAUAGCCGGCAUUGUUGCUCUUGGUAAGUUAUGCGUGUGCAUGAUUGCGACCCUCCCGCGGGGGAGUCUUGAGUCUCCAAGUCACGGCAGUUGAAGUUUUGAGAGUCAACUAUAGCUUUCCAACGGUGUGAUCUUGAGAGUUAGCAUGUGAGGUAUACUCCAUAUCGAGGUUCUUCAUUGAUCAAUGGCGAACGGAAGGUGAGAUCAACUAGUUAGCACAUUCAACCGUUAGUCAUCAAUGUUAUUCUCAUUGCUUGGUUGCUGUUUGAGGU